UCAGCUGCCGGAAUCUCUCUCUCUCUUAACUCUCUCUCUCUCUCUCUCUCUCUCUCUCUCUGUGUAAAACCCUCGCAAAACCCUAACUUUGGCUACAAGUCUCCUCCAAAUACUCCCACAAAUCAAUCAAAUUGAGCCACUAAUCAGCUCGAUUAUGUCGAAGCAACUUAGCCUGGGGAAGAUCAGCGUCUCGAACCCGAAAGUCUGGGUCGUGAUCGGCGUCACCGUCGCCGGAAUCGUCAUUCUCGCCGAGACGCGGCGGCGGAGACUCAGAGCGAGGAAGGUAGAGAGAGAAGACUUGGGUGCUUUCAUCGAACGCUUCGAGCUUCUCCCCUUCCCCCAGCCGCUGCCGCCCGCUGCUCGACACCUUCUCUCUGGUCUCACAUUCGCCGUCAAGGACAUUUUUGACGUGAAAGACUGUGUGACUGGGUUUGGUAAUCCAGACUGGAAGAGGACGCAUGAGGCAGCUGGAAAGACAGCGGUGGUGGUGACGGCUUUGUUAAAGAAUGGGGCUACUUGUGUGGGAAAGACCGUCAUGGAUGAAUUUGCUUUCGGGAUAACUGGAGAAAAUGUGCAUUAUGGAACCCCAACAAACCCACGAAUGCCAUCCCAUAUUCCUGGGGGAUCAUCUAGUGGUUCAGCUGUGGCUGUUGCAGCUGGAUUUGUCGAUUUUGCUCUUGGUACUGAUACAAUUGGAUGUGUGAGAACACCAGCAUCAUUUUGUGGUAUACUUGGAUGCCGACCAUCCCAUGGGGUUGUAGCUACAAUUGGGGUUCUACCAAAUUCGCAAAGUUUGGACACAAUUGGAUGGUUUGCACGUGAUCCAUCAAUUUUACAUCGUGUUGGGCACAUUCUACUUCAACUGAACCAGGUGGAACCUAGAAGGACAAGAUGCUUUAUCAUAGCUGAUGAUCUCUUCCAGCUUUCCAAGGUUCCAAAGCAGAAGAGUAUACAAGUUAUAACCAGAGUAACUGAAAAUUUAUCCGGGUACCAACCACCCAGACAUGUGAAUUUUGGUCAGUAUGUUGCUGCAAACGUGCCCAGCUUAAGAGGUUUCCGUGAAGAGUCAAUGACCUUGCAAGAUGGAAUAUCUACUCUGAAAGCUCUAUCAUCUGUUAUGUUUUUACUGCAGAGAUACGAAUUUAAAACAAAUCAUGGAGAAUGGGUUAAAGCAGUCAAACCCAGAUUAGCAUCUGAUGUCGCUGAUCACGUGAAUGCAGCAGUUGAUGCUACACAUGAGAACGUUAAAACUUUGUACAAAGUCAGAACUGAAAUGCGAGCAGCCCUACGGAGUCUCUUGAAGGAUGAUGGAAUAUUAGUAGUCCCCACAGUUGCUGAUCCUCCAAUGAAACUUAAUUCAAAGAAAGGUCUCUCUGCUGAGUUCCAUGACAGAGCAUUUGCCCUACUGAGCAUAGCAAGUAUGUCUGGUUGUUGUCAGGUCACCAUUCCAUUUGGCAAGCAUGAUGGCUGUCCAAUCUCUGUCUCUUUCUUAGCAUUCCAUGGAGCUGAUAAAUUUCUUCUUGAUACUGUUUUGGAUACUUACUCGUCUCUUCAGGAGCAAGUUAGCCUUGUGUCCCAUUCAUCACCAGUGCCAGAUACAAAUGGCCACAUGGAUGCCUCUGAACUGUUGAAAGAAAAGGGAAAUGCUGCAUUUAAGGGAAGACAGUGGAAUAAGGCUGUAAGUUACUACAGUGAAGCUAUAAAGUUGAGUGAGAUAAAUGCAACUUAUUAUUGCAACCGAGCUGCUGCUUACUUGGAACUAGGAUGCUUUAGAGAAGCUGAGGAGGACUGCAGCAAGGCAAUUUCACUUGAUAAGAAGAAUGUGAAGGCUUAUUUAAGGCGAGGAACAGCUAGAGAAUCACUUGUCUUGUAUAAAGAUGCUCUUCAAGAUUUCAAGCAUGCUCUUGUCCUAGAGCCACAAAAUAAGGUUGCCAAUCAAGCUGAAAAGAGGCUAAGGAAAAUGAUAAGUUAACGGCUCCUAACACCCACACACAGACAAUUUAAAUUGUUCAAUGCGGCAUUGGAAGGAAAAUGGUGAGGUACCCCUGUUUCGUUGCACCUGAGGUUCAACACAGCAUUGGAAGGAAAACUUUUGCGAGAUACCCUUGCUCAAUUAUACAUGAGGGAAACAAAGGAAAAGAAAACAAGUGAUCCGUAAGCCCUGUUUGUUGGCUUACUACAUUUUUUUUUUCAAAGUUAUAUUUAUUCCUCCUUUUCCCCAAUUGGUGAAUAUUCUCUUGUGCAAGGGAUUUUUGUGGUACUACUGUGGCCUUGUGGAACAUUGAUGAGUUGCCUGUAAUUUUUUCACAUGCUGUUAUCUUUCUGAAGCAAUGGAUCAUGAUGAAUUUGUUUUUGGAAGAAAUGUAAAUAUUGGAACCA